AUGCCGAAAGGUCUGAACCUCAAGAACUUUGGCCGGCGCAAGUCCUCCGCCAACGCUCUUGACUUUGAGCAAGAAGCCCCCCCCGCGUCCACACAGUCCUCGUUUCGCGUGCUCGAGAGAUCGGACAAGAAGUCGGUGACCUAUGGCUCGCGAGACAGCACUGUAACCCGCCCAUUCGCAUCGCCGCUUAACGCGCUUCGAGGCAAGUCUGCAGACGACCUGGGCUUGGGCCCGAACAGAUCGGUGGACUCCUCUAGAAGCCGUCCAGGGUGGCCUCUUAGCGGCGCUAGGGGCAGCGGUGGGACCACCAAUUCAGGCUCGAGCGGAUACUACGAGAGCUCAUCGGCGUCGGCCCGUCACAGUUCGACUUCGACACUACCCUCUUCCCUCGACCAGGAUCACAACGAGGAAGACCUUUUUCCCGUGAAAAGAGUCCAGACGAUGGGCAUGUACCAAACCGUGACCGCCAAUGCGGACGAGCCUCCUCCACCACGCUCAUUCACCACCCGUGCAGCGCGGGCUCUAUCAUUCGGCAACAAGAAUGCCAAAGCCUCGAAGGAUCUGCCACAGGACAUUCCGCCGGUACCACCCCCACACGUUGCCAAUGGCGCUCCACUCAACUCUGCAAGAAGUCAGAGCCCGUACAGAGAACGUGCGAUGACCACGAGCAGCUAUGCGAGCACUGCCGUGCCUGUCAAGACUGAGCUGACGCUGGAUGGAGAUUUCGGGAGGGACGAUGAUUUUAGCAACAUGUUUGAGAGCCUGAAACGCGACCAUCCCCUUCCACCACCACCGACGGCUGGCUCAUUCCACAGAACUGUACGCGGCACGAAUGAUUCUUCGUUUUUGCAUGCUGACUCGUUGCAGGAGUCCGAGCCCAUGUUUCCGCCCAGAACACUCUCCAGAAACGCCCUCUCCUCCUCACCAAAACCCCUCAAACUCUCACGCGAAGACACCGAAUCGCCCUACUCUUGGGAUGCACGCAGUUCGAAUGACGCGCUCGUGUCUAAUUCAGCGCUCAGCUCACCUAAUACACUUGACGGUAGCGCGCCCGGGCCGGCCGUUGGAAAUGGAAUUACCCAAGCUUUCCUUGGCAAUUCCAAGUCAGGCUACUCUCGCGUUCCUGAACGCUACAACUCUCCUGGCCCGCAGCGAACAGCGUCAGUGGACAGCUACAGCUCUGUGAUGGAUGAUGGGAAAGAAAAAGAAUCAGAAUACCCGAACAGGCAAGCGCACGUUGAUGAUGACGAUCGCUGGGUCAGGAGAGUUGAGCUGCGGGAUCCUCAGGGAUCAAACACAGUAGCAAGUCCCGAGUCCAGCAAAGCUACACUUUCCACCCAGUCGACAAUCACCAGGCCGGCCCUGAACACGACUCAAGCGACGCCCAGUGGAUCGAGGCCUGCUGCCGUCAGCCCCAACAGCUCGACCGGCGACUCCUGGGCUGCUGAAUCCAACACCACGACGCCACGCGCAGGAAGGGUGGACCUGAAAGGCAAAGGUCGUGCGGAUAACAGCAUGUUCGACUCUUCGCCGGUCGGUCCUCCUUCUCGGGCCGUUCGCCCUCCCGCACACGAACGCACCGAAAGCGGCACGCUGAAAAAGAUGACCAAGGCGCAGUUUCAGGCACUUCAGAGACACGAGCAGAGCAGUGCGGAACAGAGCGAAGAGGAGGAUCUUUCUGGGGAUGACUACGAUGACGACGAUGACAUUCAAAGAGCUAAGAACAUGGCCAAGCAGAGACAAAAGCAGGAGGCCAACAUGUCGGUUUACCGCCAGCAGAUGAAGAAAGUCACUGGUGGAGGCCCGACUGACUUGCCGUCAUCCUCUGCUUCAACUGUGAGGCCUUCAAUGGAACGUGGCUCAAGCGCUCCGCCUGCUGCCGGCGGCGUUGGCCUUCACUUUGGUGGCAUUGGAGGAACACCACCUACCGAGACUCUCAAGGGCAAAGAUGACGAUGGCGACGACGAUGAUGUGCCACUUGGCAUUCUGCAAGCACAUGGCUUUCCAAGCGGCUCUCGGCCUCCCACGAGGCAAGACGGACUUGACAUGUCGCACCAAAGGCGCACUUCCAUGGCUGGCUCUGUCGUAAACGGCGGGGCAGGUCAAGGCAACUUACCACCAUUCGCUCGAAGACUGCCAGCAGAUCCAUACUUUGGCGCCGGUCUGGUCAACCAGAGUACAAGAGAAUCACUCGCUAUGAACAGCUCGGGUGCGUCGGUCGUUGGCAUGCCCACCGGCCCGAUGCCUCCUCAGAUGCAACAGCAGUCACCGGGUCAUCCUGGAGGCUUGGUCGGUAUCAUCGCUGGAGAAGAGAGGGCCAAAGCAGCGAGGAGAGGAAGCCCCAAUCCGGUCUCUGGGAUGUACAACCCCAUGGGCAGCUCGCCUCUGCCGUCGAAUAUGGGAAUGCCACGGACUAUGUCCAUGGGCAAUCUUCCACCGCCUUCGAUGUACGGUGCGCCUCCUGUCCCUUCCAUGCCACAAAUGCCGGGAAUGGGUAUGGGCAUGGGCAUGGGCAUGGGUCAGAUGGGAAUGAUGCCACAGAUGCCCGCGAUGGACCCUGGACAGCAGCAAAUGCAACAGUUCAUGCAGAUGCAGAUGCAACUCAUGCAAAACAUGUUGUCGAUGCAGCAAGCGCAGAUGGGUCAAGGACCGCAAACACCACAACCUCAGAUGCAGCAGCCUCAGCAACAGGCUGGAGACUACCUUGGCGUCAACUUCAACAACAUGCAGCGACCCAUGUCGAUUGCCAGCCAGCAGUCGCAGUUGCAGCCUCAACCUCCCAAUCAAGGCCGAGCAAUGACCAUGAUGAAUCCUCCUCCUGGCUGGAACCAAGCAUCCCAACCUGGUGCCCCACGGCCCAACAGCGCCAUGCCUCUGAGCAAUGGAUCUUACGCCCCUUCGGUGAAUGGACUUAAUAUAUCCGGUGGAGGUCCAGGAGCUGGUUACACCCCAUCGAUUGCCCCAAGUGAGCGAAGCAACAUCGGCAUGCCCUCUCGAUAUCGACCCGUGACCCAGAAUGGCGAGACGUCGCGAUCGCAGAGCAUGACCUCCUCCCUCACUCUGCAGGCCUUCCAGAACCAACCAGCCUCGUUCCAGAAGCAACAGACCUCGCCCAAUUUGCCGGGCACACCUUGGAAUGCCAAGGAAGUGCAAACACCGAAGUCCACCAUCCGGAUCGUUGACAAGCCCAAGGGUGCACCAAAGGUGGCGUCCCGACCGGUGGAUGAAGAUGAGGAUGAAGGCUGGGCGGAGAUGCGCAAGAAGCGCGAGGAUAAGAAAAAGUCAAAAUGGGGUUCCAAGUCCAAGACGGCCAGCCAAAGUCAACAGGAACCGACUCUGAGUGAUCUCUACCAGGGCCUGGAAUAG